AAUUAAUCAACUAUUGGUUUUCUAUUAAUACAGAUUUUUCUUGUAGGAAAAAUUGGGGGCUUUUUGUAGCAGAACUCAUGAUGAAAUAUGCAAAUCUGGAUUUCUGACAUGAUGAUAUGACAGCAUAAAAGUGGGGUUCUCAUGAUGCGCAGUCCUUAUAGUUCAAAACUAGAAAUCCUCAAAAAUGGUUGCCAAAUCAAUACUACGCUUAGCGCCUGGCGGAUGCGUCUUCUAAAAGUUCCGAGUCGACAGCACAUUCACCAUUUCUUGACAUUUGACGUACCUCGCAGGCUUGUUUCUAUCGAAGAAAAAAAUUCCAUCAACAUAUACUUAAUGAAGAUCAUUGACCAGAGUUAAUGCAAAAAGACCUAAAACUGAAACUGCAGGAUAACGUUGAAACCGCAUUGCAAAAAGCAUAUUCAAACUAGAACUUUUUGUCGUGAUUACCAGUACCAAAAUCUAAUACUAGCAAGGACGCUCAUUUUACAGAAGCCUUAAUCGAAAAUAAUAUUUAUG